CAUUAUUUGAUUGUACUAAACGCAGUACUAAUUGUACAUUUUAGAAAGGACCAACACUACAUCUUUGUAUUGUACUAAUGGUAGUACUAAUUGUACAUCAAUAUAAUAAAUAAAACCACUUUCUCUAGAACUUUCUUGCUAUACCUGACCAAUUUCUAACCCUAAUUGUCGCCUCCUUCGUAAAGUCCGACUAUUCUCUCAACUCUUCCUUCUACUUCUCAUCUCUUCAAUGGUGAAUCCGUCUGCUCCUUACUUUUUGCUGUUUGUCUACACACUUUAAAGCUGUCUCUCAAGCUUUCCUAAAGAUCUCUGGUUGUUUCCGACGAGCUGCGCAGCUGCUUCUUCAUGCUUUAAGUUUCUGUCCUCCUUGAGUUAAAAUCUGUCUGUGAAGCUUUCGUCAACAUUUCUCUUUGUUUCGGAAGACCUGCGCAGGUAAUUGGCUGCAACUCAACGCUAGAAAUACCAGUGAUACAGAACAGCCUGCUGGCUUCGCAGCAGCCUCUUCAUUAUCGCCACCUUAGAGGGAUUGGUUCAAAUGUUGACCCAAUCUGUAUAUACAUGCUAGCCACUCCACCAGAUUCAGAGACAUCGCAGGCGUGAUUGCAGGGUCUGCAGGAGCCUCUUCAUUAUCACCAGCUUACAGGGAUUGCUUCAACUUCCCCACGCAAACUCUAUAUACAGGCUAGCCACUCCACAACAUUCACAUACAUCCCACACGUGAUCGCAGGAAAUUACUAAAUCUGCUGUUUCUGCUUGUUCAAAGCUCUCCCAAAAACACAGAAAACAGAAAUCCAGUUCAGGAAUGGAAGAAAAUCCAAAUAAUCUGCCUACCCAACAAACAACUUCAGACAAAAAUUUGCGUCGACGUACUAGAUAUGCGCAAAUAUCACCGGACAGAAAACAGUUAUUUUUAUCCCAGCUAAGAGCAAAAAGGGCUGAAUCAAAAAGACAAAAAACCCUUCACCAAUCCAAUAGUACUGCUGCUCUUACAAUUACCACUUCUUCAUUAUCUCCUCAACAAGCUUCCAAACCUACAAAUGUACCAUCCACUUCAAGUAGAAGAGACGAUAUAGUUACUUGCUUAUCUACCUUCAAACAAGGAAUAGAAGAAAAUAGAGAUAAUGUGCCUACCCAGGAACCAACUUCUGAUAGAAAUUUGUGCCGACGUACUAGAUAUGCACAAAUGUCACCGGAGAGUAAAGAAUCACUUCUAUCCCAGCUAAGAGAAAAAAGGGCUGAAUCAAAAAGACAAAAAAACCUUCAUCAAUCAAAUAGUAUUGCUGCUCUUACAAUUACGACUUCUUCAUUAUCUCCUCAGCAAUGUACUUCAACUAGAGGAGAACAUAUGGUCGGUUGCUUAUCUAGCUUUGAACUAGGAUCAACAUCAGCUGCAUGUCAUGUUGCAAGCAAAUUACCUUCAACACAUUCUCCAAAUAAAGGUAGAAAUAAUUUAGAAAUCAAUCUACAAAAUGAUAAUUUAGUGCCAAAAGAUUACUUGCUUUUAAAGAAAGUUCCAAAUUGCAAAUUUUGUGUAGCAAAAAGGUUUCAAUAUGAAUCACCAGGUUUUUGUUGUGAUAAUGGAUCAAUUAGACUAACUUCUCAUAGGAUGCCUACUGAGUUGCGAAAUUUGUUCCUGGUUGACUCCAAAGAAUGUCAACAUUUUCGCACUUAUAGUAGAGCCUACAAUAAUAUGUUUGCCUUCACUUCACUUGGAGUACGUUAUGAUAAAGAAUUAGCAAAGAGAAAUCGUGGCAUAUAUACAUUUAAGGUUCAAGGACAAAUGUAUCACUUCAUUGAUGAUUUGAUACCCUCAACAGGAAAAGCAAAAAAUUUACAAUUAUAUUUCUAUGAUAAUGAAAAUGAGCUAACAAAUCGAAUGACAUUAUCAGAUAAUCUUAACGAGCUAAUUGUUACAAAACUCAUGGAUAUGCUCAAACUUAAUCCUUAUUCUACUUUUCUUAGGUCGUUAACAGUUGUUCCAAAUUUAUCUGAAUUUUACAUUGCUCUAAACUCAAGUUCCAAUUUAGACCAAAGAACAUAUAACUUACCAACUGCAUCUGAAGUUGGCGCAAUUUGGAUUGAAGAUCAAAUAAUGAUAAAAUUCUCACACCACAUAUUCGAAUUUACACUCAUAGAUCUAUUUAGAGUUGAAGCCUUUCAAGGAAUUAUUGAUUUAUUGAGGCAAGGAGAAAGAGAUGCUUCCAAUAUUGGCAGACAAAAAUUCCUUCCUGGUAGUUUCAUAGGAGGCCCAAGAGAUAUGCGUCGAAGAUAUAUGGAUGCCAUUGCUUUGGUACAACAUUUUGGAAAACCAGACAUAUUUUUGACGAUGACUUGUAAUCCUUAUUGGCCUGAAAUACAAGAACAUUUACAGUCAAUGGAAGAAGUUCAAAAUAGACCUGAUUUAGUUAGUAGAGUAUUCAGAGCAAAAGUUGAAGAACUUAAAACAAAUAUUCAAAAAACCAACAUAUUUGGAAAGAUUGCAGCUUUUUAUGUAUACAAUUGA